UUAGAUAUUUUAUGAUAUCUGUGAUAUUGAUAAAAUUUUCAAUUUUUUAUAUAGAUCUGUCUAUUUGCAAUUUGCCUGCGAUACACCUGCGAUUCACUUGCGAUUUACCUACGAUUUACCUGCGAUUAAAACUUUGAACAUAGUUCAUACCAAAAACCCAGCUCGUGCUUUCGCACUUUAUUGUUAAAACGUUUUUGUUGUUUUGUUUUUACUUAUUAAUUUCGUUUUAAAUUUCUUACCUACUAUAACAUAACUACUCUUUUUUUUUUUUUUUUGGUGUUCUGAUUCUAGUUAUAUAUUAAUAAUAAUGGACAACGAGGAAGUAUUUGCUCUCCCAGAUCAUUUGGUUGACCAUGACUACUUCCUGCCAGUUGUAUAUGAAGAUGAUCAUAUACUGCGUGAAGAAGAAGUAGAGGAAUUGGUAGAAGAAGAAGAAGUAGAAGAAUUGGACGAAGAAGAGGAAGAGGAAGAGGAACCAAUUGUCAGAGUGUCGGAAACAUACAGAUUGAUUCCUGGGGUUCAUAACCGAUCGAGGAUAUAUGUUGACAACUUGGGAUUCAAGUAUUACAAACGAGAAACUCGUGGACAACGCGUGUAUUUAGUAUGCGAACGGCAGAAGCAACGGAACCAGUACUGCCCUGCCACUGCAACUGUUAGUGCAAAUUUGAACGACAACAGAAUUCGUCUAGGGUACUACCACGACCAUCAGCCCAGAGUGAUCGACCUGAAUGUGCCGUUUUUGAGGGAAACCAUAGGUGAAAGAGAAAUUGAUCCAGCAGUUACAACCUCAUUUAUGAAAACUUUGUGCAACAACGAAAUUAUCAAGUGAGUCGUAUUCAAACUUAU